UGAGUCAGUACCUCAAACAUCUUUCCAAGCGAAAGGUCUAAAAAUAUUUCGUGAUUUUUCCGAGCUAUCAACAAAAACAAAACAGUUCUAGCAAGAAUAAAAGCGAUGCUUUCCUUCAUAAACACAAUGUCGAAGGCUCGUCCUCCGGGUCUAAAGGUCUGGCAGGGCACGGCUCGUGCGAGCAGCAAAUUCUUCAAAAAAGGCCUCAAGCCCAAUGGGGAAAAAGAGCCGAAGGAUUCGGAGAACCGCAAGAAACCAGGAAAUACUGCCUACCCACUAUCGACUGGGAAUAAUACAGCCAACUCAGCGGUGCCCAGCUUCUCCGACCAGCGGGCCAAGUGGGCAAAAUACUCAACCGAAAUGCAGUUGAGGGCCAAGCUGGCAGCCCAAGGCGCUGUCAAAGCAGACAAUCCCCAAGCAAACAUUGAACAGAAAAAGAAGCCAACUGCCGGACAAUCCAACUGGGCGCAGUCGAUGCAAGAGGUCAGCGCGGUGUCCGAUAAUGAGACUAAAGUCUCCUCGGCCGAGGAUCAGCGCAAGUCCUGGAUGAAUCGCAUGCACGGCUCCCAGAAGAAUCAAGCUCAGCUCCUGAAGGACUUGAGUGCCAAGCAGCAGGCGGGACGUGAGCUGCAAAUGAAAAAGAAGCAGCAGUUUACCCAAAUGGAGAACAAGCUCAAGGCAGUGGGAACCAACCAAAAAGAAGACCCGGAUGCAGCUACCGAGAAGUCGCCCGAGCGUGUGGCCUACCUCGAGGCCGUGCGACAGUUGAACAUCUACCAGGCCUUCGAGUCGGUGCCUGGUCGUAUGCGUACCAAGAUGAGCAAGUUGCAGCUGGAUCCCAUCAUCGAGCACACCCUGGCACUGCUGAGCAAGGUGGGUGUGUCCAAGGAGCAGCUGGAGAGCCUUCCAGUCAUUCAGGUGGCUGGAUCCAAGGGCAAGGGAAUCACUUGUGCCAUUGUGCAACACAUCUUAAUGGCGCAUGGCAUCAAGACCGGCCUGCUGUGCUCUCCGCAUCUGUUCUACAUACGCGAAAGGAUCCGCAUCAGUGGUGAGACUCUGACCGAGCUUCAGUUCACGGAGCUGUUCCGCAAGAUCUAUCCGAAGCUGGCCGAAAUGGAUCGCACACCGUCGCAGAGCCAAAUCCUGACAGUCAUGGGCUUCCAUGCGUUCCGCGAGGCGCAGGUGGAGGUGGCCAUUGUGGAGGUGGGACCUGGCGGUGCCAGCGAUAGCAACAACAUCGCCUUGCAUGCCCAAACCAUCGGCAUCAGCGCUCUGGGCUGGGAGCAGGGCUCCAAACUGGGCGAGUCCAUGCGUGACAUUGCCUGGGCCAAGGGCGAAAUCAUGAAGCCAGCGGCCACCAUCUUCACAAAUGUCAGCCAGCCGGAAUGCCAUGAGGUUCUGGCCCAGAAGGCAAAACAGAUGGGCACCAAGAUGCAUCGCGUUCCGACUUUCAGUGCGCUGACCGAUGCCAAUCCAGAGCACAAGCGUUAUCUCAGCAAGGCCAACAAUUCGGUGAAGCUGAAUGCCGCACUGGGGGCCCAAUUGGCCUACGACUAUCUCCGGCGCCACAAGCCCGAAUUUGCAGUGGGACUGGAGCCAAAGACCACCAAACUGACCCAGGCAACAAUGCGCGGCAUCGAGACCUUUGAGGCGGUGGGAAACUUCCAAAUCAUCAAGCAUGGCAUGUACAAUGUCUAUUUGGACAGCGCCGAUUCCAUCGAGUCGAUGAUGGUCUGCCGCGAAUGGUUCUACAACAUCACACGCUCGCGUCGCUCCACAAAAAUUCUGCUAUACAACAAGAACAGCGAUUUUAACGCCAAAGAUCUGCUGACAAUACUACGCUUCAACGUAAGCUUUGACGAGGCGUUCUUUGUGCCCUGCCCCAACAUCUUUGAGGGCGAAAUCUUGGCAGAGGAGCAGUGGCGCGUCAUGGAGGAGUUGCAGCGCGCCAAGCGCAAUGCGCGCUCCUGGCGUGACCUGUGCGAGGAGGCAGGCAAGAAGGAUUCCUCGCACAUUACCAUUUCCGUCAGCGCCUUCUUUGAUUUUGUCCAGGAGAAAUACGGACAGCAGCCAUAUGGCAUGAAGCGCGAACUUGAUGUGCUGGUAACUGGCUCCCGACCCUUGGUGGGUGCCACCAUCAAUAUGCUGGGCCAAAUGCAACGCUUCCACUGA